UAGGCAUAUACAUUCUCGUAUCGUAUAAAAGGACUAGCUAUAUCUGUAUACAUGAACCAUUUCACCGCACUGUGUGCUUAGUCUACCAUUGAAACUAGUUAUACUACUACACUAUGACUAUCCUAGUUGCUGGCGGUGCCGGUUAUAUCGGCUCACACACUGUUGUCGAGCUUCUCACAAAAGGUGAAGACGUUGUUGUUGUAGACAAUUUACUGAACUCCAAGGAAGAGUCCCUCAAGCGCGUAGAGAAGAUCACAGGCAAACCUGUCAAGUUUGUAAAGUGUGACCUGCUCGAUAGUGAGGGAUUGGACAAAGUGUUUGCGGAGUACAAGCCCACAUGCGUCAUCCACUUCGCCGGUCUUAAGGCCGUAGGCGAGAGUGUUGCUAAGCCAAUCUGGUACUACCACAACAACAUCACCGGCACACUUAUUAUGGUAGAAAUCAUGAAGAAGUACAACUGCAAGAAUAUCAUCUUCUCGUCGUCCGCCACCGUCUACGGAAUGCCUCAGUACCUACCCUUGGAUGAGGAUCACCCUCUAUCAUGCACAAACCCCUAUGGCCGCACUAAGCUGUUCAUUGAGGAUAUCCUGCGUGACUUAUAUAUUUCCGACAAUGAGUGGAACAUUGUGUUGCUGCGAUACUUUAACCCUACUGGCGCACACUCGAGCGGUACGAUCGGUGAGGACCCAAGCGGUGUCCCUAGCAAUCUGAUGCCUUAUGUUGCACAGACCGCUGUCGGUCGACGUGAGCACGUGAACGUGUUUGGCGGUGACUACGACACGCCUGACGGAACUGGAGUUCGCGAUUACAUUCACGUUGUGGAUUUGGCUAAGGGUCACGUUGCUGCCCAUGAUCGUAUUAAGGAAAAAUGCGGUUGCAAAGUAUACAAUCUGGGUACGGGAAAGGGAUAUUCCGUGGUAGACAUGAUCAAGGCUUUUGAGAAGGCGUGUGGUCGCGAUAUCAAAUAUGUAGUAGGACCCCGCAGACCCGGAGAUGUUGGCUCGUGUUACGCCAAACCCGAUCUUGCGGCCUCAGAUCUGAAAUGGACUGCUCAGCUAGGUCUAGACGAGAUGUGUGCCGAUAUGUGGAGAUGGCAGCAAAUGAACCCAAAUGGCUUCAACUAAGUGGUUUUCCUAAUUGGUGUCAAGGUUGAGCAGGUGAGAUGCUUCUCAGUCUUCGAUGGCCAAAUCAUUCAAUUACCUAGACCGGAUCUGGAAAGAAAAAUCAAUUAAAACACCUCCGUAGCAUACUGACCUAG